AUGGAUAACAGGUCUAACGAAAACCCCCAAGCUGAUCCAGCAGCGUCCAUCGCUAAUGGUGAAGCCACACAGGCGAGACAAGCUGUUCCAGUGACAUGGACCGAAGGUCCAAGAAGCGACCCCCUGCUGGGAAGCCCCACCCCGCCAGACUUGCGAACUCUUCUUCUAACCCACCCCCCCCCUGUUAAAUGUCAAGGUGGGGUAGCUAAGAAGAAGAAGAAAAACAAGAACCAGAGGCGUGCAGCUCGUCUAGCGCGAGAGCAGCAGCUGGGCAGCACACAAACACCAACACACCCUGCAACCGGUGUGGGCGCGCAGACUUCCCAGAAGCCGGCACCCAAACCGGCGCCGAACAAGCAGGAUGCUGCUGGCAGGCCUCCGCCAAAGGGGAAAGGUUCCACCCUACCCCCCAAGGCUGGAACGUCGGCCAGUAGCCCUACGAGUUCGGCCGCAGCUCCACCCAAACGACGGCCCGGCAAGUUCGCACGAGCCGCUGCUAAAAGGACGCGAGACGAUUCCUUCUCCCCGCAAGGAGAUAACAAAAAGCAGCGACUAGUGAGCCCAAGCCAACCGCUGUCGUAUGCACAAACAGCGGCAUCUGACAUGACGAUCGUCAUUACUGACGCGAAGUCGGGGAAGAUCACCGCUGAACACUCUAACGCCAUCCUCCGCGGGUUGCACCAAGCAAUCGUGGCGGAGGCGAGAAACAAACUGGUAGGAGUCAGGCCACCUAAAUUCAAGGGCAAGCCUGUCUUCGCUGAAGGGCAGCUGAGGGUCUUCGCAGAAGACGAAUACUCGGCCGCCUGGUCUCAGCGAUGCGUCCAGGCCCUAACCUUGCCAGACAUCUCCCUCAAGGCGGUUCGCCAGUCGGAGAUGGCAAGGAGAGUUAAGUGCGGGCUCCUAAUACCGAACAUCAACAACUCGUCCUGGGAAGACGUCCGUCAGGCAGCUGACGGUCUAAGGUACCAGAACGAAUGGGCCAAGGUUGACACUUGGUCCAUAAUCGAGAUACUGCGGCAAGACCAGGGGUGGUUUGUCGCCUUUACAAUCCCCGAAGACCUCGUCCCCGCCUUCAUGGAGAGGGGCAGAUCCCUGAACUGUGGAGUGGGCAAUGUCUACCUCAGGUUCAGGGGUCCCGGAGGCAAAUACCUGGACCAGCCUCCCACCCUGCAGGGUUCCACCCUAAGGGUAACGGGAGCACAGGUCCCCAGUGAACUGGCCGCGGGCACCUCCGGGCAGAGUAAGUCUGACUCCGGGGAGAAAAUUGCCCCCCCAGCUCUACCCAAGCCGACGAUACCCGAACUCUCGGAGGAUGAACUCCUUGGCACUGGUGAGGGACCAGCCGGGACAUCAUCCGAGGGUGAGGACUUGUCGGCUUGGAUAGAGUCGGGGCUGGUCGACAUGUUGAAGGAGGGAGGGGAGAUGCAAGAUGCCGCCCCCACCACCGACAACAUGGACACCGACUAGUGUCCUCCAAGCAAACCUCCAGCACAGCGUGGCCGCUACGGCCCAACUGAGACGCUGUCUGGUAGGUUUGCCAACAGCCGUUGCCCUCCUACAAGAACCCUGGACGGGCAACGGACACAUACGCGGGCUCUCCGACACGAAAGGCUGUCGCGACCUAGUCCUUGCCUCGGCGUACAUGCCAGGAGAGGACGAGCCACCGCCCGCCGAACUACAACGACUGGUCAACCACUGCGAGAGAUCAGGCCUCGCAAUAAUCAUCGGGGCCGACUCCAACGCACAUCACCCGCUGUGGGGAAUGAAGACCAGUAACAACAGAGGUAAGACACUUGUUGAAUAUCUUGUGACUACUAAUCUAAACAUUCUCAAUGUAGGCGCUGAACCAACAUUUGUAAACAAACGAUGCAGGACGAUUAUCGAUCUGACUCUGGCGUCAGAGGAGGUCAGUGAACUAGUCAUGGGAUGGCACGUCUCCCAGGAGGCCUCCUGCUCAGACCAUAGAUGGAUUCGCUUCAAUCUACUAGCAUCUAGCGACACACCAACCGCCCGGAGGAA